GUUCAUGAAUACAAGAGGUUAUCACUCAUCAAAUUAAUUUCCAAAUAUAUUUAAGCUACAAAACAUAUCAUAAUAAUGUCUCCAACUACAUAUACUGCAAAGCAUAAAAUCAAAUUUAUCUUUAUAUUGCAUAAAAUUAAAACGAUCUAGCAGGCGAUGCAGUCUGUAUGAAACCAACUCAGCAAGAAAUGUAGCAACCAUAAUAAUUCUUUUCAAAUCAGUUCCAAAUCAGUUAAAAUAACUCAAGUCGCUGUAAAAGUGAAAUGCCAUGGAAAACAAAGAAGAUAUACCUGUAGCGAGGAAAACCGAAGAAGGUUAUAGAAAAACCAAAGAAGGUGGAGGAGUGAAGCCCGAAGAACCACUUCGAGAAAGAACUGAAUUCGUAGAUGGUUCUCCGCUGCUGGAUUCCGGCGAUGGAUUCUCUGUUGCUGAAUCCGACGUCGAACGGCUGUCACGGGAGUGAGAGGCGAAGCGUUGUUGGAUCUGGCGUCGAACGACUAGGUUACGGGAGCGAGUGGCGAAGCCCUGUUGGAUCCGGCGUCGAAGGGCUUGGUGACGGGAG